AUGGCCAGCAGGGGGCGGAGCCUGGGCUGGGCACUGGCCUGGCUCUGCAGGCUGCCAGUGACGGAGGCUGUGUCUACAGGGGCCCAUGUCAGAGCCCGGUGUCCAGCCCCAGGUGUGAACUGGACCCCUGUGGUGGAUUGUCGCAGCGUGUGUGGCCUCAACGUCUCUGACCGCUGUGGCUUCAUCCGGACCAACCCCGACUGCCGCAGCGAAGGCGGCUACCUGGACUACCUGGAGGGCAUCUUUUGCCACUUUCCUCCCGGCCUCCUCCCUCUGGCCGUCACCCUCCACGCUCUCUGGCUGCUUUACCUGUUUCUGAUUCUGGGAGUCACCGCAGCAAAGUUUUUCUGCCCCAACUUGUCGGCCAUUUCCAUCACACUCAAGCUCUCCCACAAUGUGGCUGGCGUCACCUUCUUGGCCUUUGGGAAUGGCGCGCCUGACAUCUUCAGCGCCUUGGUGGCCUUCUCGGACCCACGCACAGCUGGCCUGGCCCUCGGGGCGCUGUUUGGCGCGGGUGUGCUGGUGACCACAGUGGUGGCCGGGGGCAUCGCCAUCCUGCGCCCCUUCAUGGCCGCCUCCAGGCCUUUCCUCAGGGACAUCAUUUUCUACAUGGUGGCUGUGUUCCUGACCUUCACUGUGCUCUUCCGCGGCAGGGUCACGCUGGCUUGGGCCCUGGGGUACCUGGGCUUCUAUGUGUUCUAUGUGGCCACCGUGAUUCUCUGCACUUGGAUCUACCGAUGGCAACGGAGACGGUCCCUGGUCUACUCCAUGCCAGGCACCCCAGAGGUCCUCUCUGACUCCGAGGAGGACCUGGUGUCUUCGAAUACCAACAGCUACGACUACGGCGAUGAGUACCGGCCGCUGUUCUUCUACCAGGAGACCACGGCUCAGACCCUGGUCCGGGCUCUCAACCCCCUGGAUUACAGGAAGUGGCGAAACAAGUCAGCGUCCUGGCGGGCCCUCAAGGUGUUCAAGCUGCCCGUGGAGUUCCUUCUGCUGCUCACGGUUCCCGUCGUGGACCCGGACAAGGAUGACCAGAACUGGAACCGGCCCCUCAACUGUCUGCAUCUGGUUAUUAGCCCCCUGGUCCUGGUCCUGACUCUGCAGUCGGGGGCCUAUGGUGUCUAUGAGAUAGGCGGCCUCGUUCCCGUCUGGGCCGUGGUGGUGAUCGCAGGCACAGCCUUGGCUUCGGUGACCUUUUUUGCCACAUCCAACAGUGAGCCCCCCAGGCUUCACUGGCUCCUCGCUUUCCUGGGCUUCCUGACCAGCGCCCUGUGGAUCAACGCGGCGGCCACUGAGGUGGUGAACAUCCUGCGGUCCCUGGGCGUGGUCUUCCGGCUGAGCAACACCGUGCUGGGGCUCACCCUGCUGGCCUGGGGGAACAGCAUCGGAGACGCCUUCUCGGACUUCACGCUGGCCCGCCAGGGCUACCCGCGGAUGGCCUUCUCCGCCUGUUUCGGGGGCAUCAUCUUCAACAUCCUGGUGGGCGUGGGGCUAGGCUGCCUGCUGCAGAUCUCCCGGAGCCACGUGGACGUGAAGCUGGAGCCCGACGGACUGCUGGUGUGGGUCCUGGCCGGCGCCCUGGGGCUCAGCCUGGCUUUCUCCCUGGUGGCCGUCCCGCUGCAGUGCUUCCAGCUCGGCAGAGCCUACGGCUUCUGCCUGCUCCUCUUCUACCUGAGUUUCCUCGUCGUGGCCCUCCUCACUGAGUUUGGAGUGAUCCACCUGCGAAGCGCAUGACGGACGCCGCCGGAGGGUGUGGUCACCGCAGGCAGGGCACCCGCCCCUCCUGUGGGGAGGACCGG